UGUAGAACGUGACGCUUUCCGCCAUCUACCAUCAAUCAGCGCUCAGCGUUAAUUUCAAGUUCGCCAUCGUUUUACAUACAGCCUUGAAUCUGAUCAUUCUCCACACGUAACUCUCAAAUCCAUAUGGAACCUGUCGAGGCACAUGAUUGUUCACAGGCAGGUGCGUCGAGUUCUCACUGAGAUCGUUAUCAGGUAUGUAUCAUGAUUCAUGAUUUUAUCAGGUUGUAGUCGAUACGCAGAACCGACGGAGUAUCAACCGUCUGUUGCGGACGUCUUACAAGUAAAACGGCUGUUGCAAUACAAACUCCCUGUGGAGUUCAUUGACAGGAUUAUCGACGAGGCAUCUUACUGGGCGCACAGCACGAUCUACAUCGAACGGCCCACCACCAUUCCCAUUCCACUUUACAGAAAAGGCAAGCGUUCUGAAGAUGGGAUAUAUAUAAGAACUCUCCCUCUCGGCGUUCAAGGGACUGAGGGAGACUUCAGGAUCGGCGAAAAGGACUUCGAGGAUGGUGGGGCAGCUUGGAAGAAGAAGUUGCGAAUUGGUGGACAGGACGACGCGUCCGCGCCGACGCUAUCGUCGCAUCCGUGCAGAAAGAUAGAGUUUCAGAUUUGGACUCACGAUCAAAGAUUGCGAAAGCGGUUUCCUCAUACGUACGUUGCAUCAUAUGUAUGGUGCGACGUCAGUAUUGAGAGAUUGGAGACGCCCAUCUCUGAUACCAUCGAAUGGCCGGCGCGUUUUCUUUUCGAUGAGUGCGACGCAGAGUCAUGUUUUCCGCGAGACACCGAGAGACCGUUAUUUCCUCCUUGCACGAAAGAGACAAAAAAUCUCGCGGCGAAGACUUCUGGAUCAGACCACACGAUGUUUUGGCACUCCACGGAUGACUUUGACAAGGAUGCCGACGGAGACUGUUUUUGGCAGUUUAUUGAUCACACCUUUGAUAGGCAAGACGCCAAAACAGCACAAGUGGGGAAAAUGGUGCGCAGCUUGCGAGUGGGAGAUUGCAUGUCCCUGUUCGCUUAUGCUCGGCUUCCCAACUCUGAAGGUAAAGUUCAUGAGGCCAGGGUUAGCGUGUAUUGGGCGGUGUAGCGUGUCAUGGUAUCUUCCUAUUUCAAGACUUAGCAGAUAUAUCAAACCUCCCGUUACUUACGAGCCUUACUCGUUUUCUAUGUUAUAGAGAAUAAAUUACAACUUUCCAUGACAUAUUCUAGUGGAUUCUACGACCAUCGACUUGCUGCAGAGCCCUACUGCGGAAAUACUCUAUGCAUGACAUUAUUCUUACGUUCCGUCAGCUGAUGACAAUGUGUCGCAGACAUUGUUUCGACUAAAAUGAGACAUACGUACGAUCCAAGCAUCCACAUGGGCCAGUCGCCUGUCGAAUGAGCAUCCCCAUGUGGAAGGACAAAAGACAGUGGAUGGCGUUCACAUUGGACUUCACGGCAC